UGCGCGCCAAAUCUUGCAUUGUUUCCUGACUGAGAAGUUUGUUGUCAGCAGUGGUGGGUCAAAGUAUCCAGCCAAAUGGUACGAACAAAAGCCGACGGUGCCUGUAAAGCGAUUGGUGCAAAGUCCUCCCGGAAAGGUAUAGCUAUUGCCAGAGCUAGUGGAGGAGCGUCUUCAAGUUCUGCAGGAGCGAAAGGCUCGGGCUCCGAUAAAUACUCUGGGGGCAACCCUUACUGCCCUCGCCCAACUCCGCCAUGGCAGAAAGAAAUUAGCGGAUUUCUGAUCAAGACCAAGCCUACAUCGGAAAGUAACCAGAGCAUGGAAGACACCAGUUCAUUGCAGCAACAGGAUGACGGAGACACCUCUUCGGAGAAGUGACAGUUGAAAGAUGGAAUUUUAACUGGAGUGCCUUGUACAGACUUAUUGUGCCAUGUGUUGUUUAUUAAAGCUGGUUUUAUCUUU